UUGGCAGGUUGGCUUUUACCCAAGAUCCACACCCAAAUCGUUGGACGCUUUACAUCCUUUUGGGCCCGCAAUGGCCAGUAGUCCUUGGACAGCUGCCUGGAGUACCAAACACCAGAGGUGGUACUAUGAGGAUAGGGAUCGUGGAGUUUCCCAGUGGGAAAGGCCGGCGAACUGCCGGGAGAGCUUGCCGGCAGAGCCGCCCCGUGAGGUGGCCGACCUUGCGCUAAAGCGAAGAGAUCUGCCAGAAGGUUGGGAUUGCGAGUGGGACGCUCGGUAUCUGCGCCACUAUUACUUCAACCGGAAGACGCAGGAGAGGACGUGGAAGCGGCCGGAGGAUGUCAGCCAAGCACGGGGCGUGGCAGCUGCGCCUCAGCCUCCGACGGACACCAGAGGUUCACUAGGCGCCGCCAACCCCUUCACAGAUGCGAGCGCUGCCCAGAACGUGGCAGCAACGCGCAAUCUGGCCGGCGUGCAGCGGAGAGGGGGAGGUACAGAGUGGCAUGCCCAGGACUUCAAGAAGCGCUUGGAUCAGGCCAAAGCGACCAGGGACAGGAACUACAUCAAGUCGGUGCUGAAAGAAGUGGCUGAAAACAAUUACGCCCUCAGAAGCCAAUGGGUUGUCCCAAGGACAGCCCUUGUACCGCUGGAAGCUUGUCUAAAGUCAAGAGUCAGCGGAAUGGGCACUGACCCCGAGGUCACCUUCUCCAAGAUGACCACUGCAGAUGCACUGAUGUGGUUCACGCGGAGCAAUCCGCAGCGCAAGGUGGUCGGGCUGAACUUCGCCAAUGGCCAGAACGUGGGCGGAGGCUACAAGAAUGGAGCUGUCGCUCAGGAGGAGGACCUUUGCCGCAGGAUGCCCACGCUCUACACGUCGCUCUUCAACGCCAAGCGGGAGGGCCUCUACCCGUAUGGCCCCUGCACCUGCAACAAGGCGGACACCCCGGCCAAGUACUCUGAUGUGCUGUGGACCCCUGGUAUAACCAUUGCGCGCGCCGGUGAGAAGAUGGGCUUUGAGUUGCUCUCGAACAAGGAGCAGGCCACUGUCGCCCUGGUGGCGGCCGCUGCGCCGAACGUGAAGUUCGCCCAGCCACCCGAGCUGUACGACAAAGAGCUCAUGCUGAAUACCGUGAAGGCGAUCCUUUUGGCGCCGCUCUUGAAGCAGCCAGAGACCACCACCAUCGUCCUGGGCGCAUGGGGGUGCGGAGCCUUUGGGUGUGAUCCCCACGACAUUGCGGAGCUCUUCGUGUCUGCAUUGGUGACUCAGAGGUUGGGCCGGCUCUACCGAGAGGUCCACUUCGCAAUCCCUGAGUUUGAUGUGCAGGACACCAAUCCCCAGAUUUUCCGGAAGGUCUUCCGGGAGAACAACGUGAAGUUCAGAGAGAUUGAAGCUGAAAGUGUUUGAAGCUUGUCGCUUCCCAGGAGUGCUGGAGACUGAGUAGUUCCUUCGGGGGCCUGGCUGGCAGCCGGCCAUUCAGAACCAAGCGGGGCUGAUGUU